GGCGGUCAACCGCGCUCGUCGCACUGGUCCCUUAAACAGGUAUUACGCUACAGACAAGGGGGAUUAUAUAAAAGACGACUGUCAGUUUGUAAUAUAAGCAAUUGUGCGCGUUUCCUCUCGACUAUCCAUUUGGGGGGACAUCGCGUUACCUACCAAUGUGAAAGCGCUAUUAUUUCAUCCGCGGUUGAGCAGUGAAAGUCCGGGCUUCGUGUAUGCUGGCCUUUCGCGCGUACUUUUUAGCUGCGCGUCAUCAUCGAGAGAACACGCAUAUCGCUUAUUAUACCGUACGAUCUCUUCUACAACAAACACGCAACUUACCAGUGCACCUAUAUCGUAUUAAUAAGUAAAUAUACGACGAUUACGUGCGAACGUCGCUCACUAAUAUUCGCCCCCCCCCCGUUAGUUUGUGCGAUCUCUGCACUUAUACGCGUUUAACCUUAAAGCGGGAGUGUUGCGAUUUGAGCGCGCGCGCGCGCGCGUACGUGCGGGUGUACGGCAAAGGAUUUGUUCGCGGGAAGGGAAAAGGAGAAUUAAAGAUGGCGACACAGUGCGGCAUAAACAAUGCGAGGACGAUGGUACAGCCGCACCAUCAGCAGUUCGUCUCCUCGAGCGUCUAUUAUGGUUAUGUUCCCUUGCGGCUCGAGGACGAAGCCUCGCCGAACAACCUCGGCCCUGACGGUAUGGACAUCGAUGCGGACGCGCAGCAACAGCGCCAGGUGCAGCAAAUCCUCGAUAGCCGCCGAAGUAUUGGUCAGAGGAAACGAGCCUUCGGUCACGACGAGGUCGCCAAUUAUGUGCCGCGUUUAAAGAGGUUUCGAGAAGGCAGUGGUAACAAACGUCUUUUCCAUGGUGCAGGAGACUGCUUCUGGGCAAAAAAACAUGGACUGGCCCAGAUGUACAAUGAAUCGUCACUAUUAUGCCUAAGUUCAGCCUCUGAUGAUAUAGCCUGUCUACCCACAAUGAUGUCAGGUAAACUUAAAUUCCAGUCCGCUUCUCUAUCAAAGAAUGUCAAUGCCAGAUGUCAGAAAUUGGAGGACAUGUUAUUACUGACUCACAGAUCUUCCUCUUACCAUCGUUAUCGUCAGAUUCAGCUAAGCCAAGGCAAUGAUAUCGAGGAGGCAGAAUUUUUACUGCCCACUGGAUUGACCACCUCUACCACUUCAUGUGUACAUAAUCACUUACAAUCAACAAAUAUGUAUUAAAAACAAAUUUUUUUUUCAUUCUACAUUAAC